GUGGUCGGGCGGUUAGGGAGUCGGAGCAACGCUUGAAAGACGCGCAGAUAGAUGUCAGAUUCUCCCGUAGGGAGGUCUGGCAAGGUGAUAGUUUAGGCGGCGGAGUUGUACGCGGGCCAGUCUGUGUUACAGCUUUGCCGCCAGGGUAGCUCCUUCCGAGCUGCCCAAACUGAGGACCAGUUUUCCUCACAGGAGGAGGCUGGUGGGGCCUAGGGUGUUAGGGGUACAACGGUUGGCUCUUUCACAGAACGGGUGUGUUCCGUUCUGCGUUUGAGUCCGCCUUUGGGCGUCUCCCUCUGAGAUGUCGGUUAGGAUUUCUUUUUUUUAUAUGUCCAUGUGUGUAACUGUUGCCUUUUAGCCUGUUGUGUUCCUGAGCAGCAAGAAGAGGCGGCUGUGGUGACCCGCCCGAUGCGGAAGGCUUCUGGGCCCUGUCGGCGGGGGCGCACCUCUCUGGCUGACUGGUUGAGGGAGGGCUUCUCGUCUGGCCGGCUGCAAGUUCAGUCCCAGGAUUGAACCCAUGGCUUGCCAGAUGGAGGGCUGCUCCUUUGACCAGGUGGCCGGGGAGGUGCCCCCUCGCUGGGCGGGGUCUGGGGGCCCUCCGUCUUGGGGAGGUCGCUGCAGCAGGAGGAGGUAACUACUGCUGGUUUUGUAAGGCAUUGUGGUUGAGAGCACCUUGCAGCUGUAAUGCGAAUUUCGUUCCGUAAUAAACAAUGUACCACCAUGCUGCCUGUCCUUCCUCCCUCCCAGCACUGUGUAUGUCUGUGCGUGUGUGUUGGUUAAUUCUCCCUCACAGCACUGUGCGUACGUCUGUGUGUGUGUGUUGCUCUGUCUCUGUCUCUCUCUCUCUCUAUCUCUCAAUCUCUCUGUGUCUCUCUCUCUCUCUCUCUCUCUCAAUCUCUCUCUCUCUCUCUCUCUCUCUCUCUCUCUCUCUAGUUAGUUAAGAACAGGUAACGUUUGCCGUGAAAAACUACAGUAUACAUAAGACUCUACAAUAUACAGAAGACUCUACAGUAUACAGAAGACUCCUCAAUAUACAUCCCAACUCUCCACGGCCGUUGCUGCUCCACCCGGGCAUUACCACAUCCACCCGGGUCCACAAGAAACCUCCACGGCCGAGCUUCAACCACAGAACACACCGCUACCGUUGAUGAGGCUCCACGCCCCGGACCACAGCCAUGUUAGCCUCGAAAAUAGUCCUCGGCACACUUAUUCUGAGACGUCCUCGUGAGUGAGUGUCCUAAUUACCUUCAUGGAUGAUGUCGCAGGUAUCCAGUGGUUCAGGUGUGACGUCAGAUAUUUUUGUUAUUGUGUCGUAAUUAUCCAGUGAUUAUUUCAAGAGUCCCUGAAUGUUCAUCUCACACAGUUUGUCUUUGAGUAAAAACACUGAUUAAUAUCCAUGAUCGGUUAGGUUACGAACUCUGGAUUUCGGACUGGAGAGCUACACAACACCGGUCCUCCGCUGAGUGGUUGAUUGCCUGGUCUACCGGCCCCUGGAGGAGUGGUCGAUUGCCUGGUCUAUCGUGGAUGUGAGCGGUUGAUUGCCUGGUCUACCCCUGGAUGACGUGGCUGUUCCUAUGCAGGGGAGGACUCACACAUGUGAUAAGGUCGGCAAGCCCGUCCAUGGUGAAGAAGCCUUGCCCUACCCGCGCUGAGGUGACCCGUGUGGGCAACGCUACCAUGGACAGAGGCUGUGGCUGAAUGGAUAGUGUGACGGCGCCGCGUUCAGGACGAUGCGAGUUCAAUCCCCGCCCGGUGCCACCAAGCUGGGAUUUUUCAGCCGCUGCCGAGUGGCUUAAAACUACCCACAUGCUGUCCUGAAGACCACCUAUCAACCCGGACUCUAGAUUCUAGGAUUAAAGAUGAGCUCCGGGAGGGCAGCAUGAGCCAAUGCAAGAUGGCGCCACUAUAAAAACUCGCCUGCGCCAGAACGGGCUGGGCCAUACCAUCAGGCCCCUCCAAAACAAGCCUACUGGUGCCCAGGGAGAGACUGCCCAGGGAGAGACUGCCCAGGGAGAGACUGCCCAGGGAGAGGCUGCCCAGGGAGAGGCUGCCCAGGGAGAGACUGCCCAGGGAGAGACUGCCCAGGGAGAGACUGCCCAGGGAGAGACUGCCCAGGGAGAGACAGCCCAGGGAGAGACAGCCCAGGGAGAGACAGCCCAGGGAGAGACAGCCCAGGGAGAGACAGCCCAGGGAGAGACAGCCCAGGGAGAGACAGCCCAGGGAGAGACUGCCCAGGGAGAGACUGCCCAGGGAGAGACUGCAGGUCUCCCUGCCGACUGACCCUGCCCCCACACCACAGCCAUCGCACCGUCGGAAGCUUCAUUCAAGGCCACAGCAUCAGCAAUCACAGUCCACUCCACCCACCUGGUCUCCAAGCUACGGUCCCUCCCUCAAUCGGUCUCCAAGCUAGUGACCCUUCCUCGAUCACUCUCCUCAAAUCGUAGGUUCGUGUGCCUGGUGGUGGUUUCUAAGGAGGUCUCUCGGUCUCUAGUCGUAAAGUAAACGUUCCUCUGUAUCUGUGGUCUCGGAACCGGUCUCCGUGUGCUGUUAAGAGAGAUAUGAUGGUUUUAAUGAGUGGUUUCUCCAAUCCUAGGUUCGUGUGCCUGGUGGUGGCUUCUAAGGUGGUCUCUCAGUCUCUAGUUGUAAAGUAAACGUUCCUCUGUCUGUCUGUGGUCUCGGAAUCAGUCUCUGUGCGCUGUUAAGAGAGAUAUGAUGGUUUUAAUGAGUGGUUUCUCCAAUCCUAGGUUCGUGUGCCUGGUGGUGGUUUCUAAGGUGGUCUCUCGGUCUCUAGUCGUAAAGUAAAGGUUCCGCUGUCUGUCUGUGGUCUCGGAACCAGUCUCUGUGCGCUGUUAAGAGAGAUAUGAUGGUUUUAAUGAGUGAUUCCUCUCCUCCCAUCCUAUAAGUUUGUGUGGUAGUAGUAGUAGUAGUAGUAGUAGUAAAGUCUGUGACCAAACUAAUAAUUAAAAGAAAAGAAAAC